AUGUACAGUCCAGCUCUUUGUCAUGGAGAUGAACUAUUUUUUGAAAACAAAAACAGUUUCCAAAUAACUUCUCAUAUCAUAUCGGCCCUAUUUCUUCCCAUAAAUUGCUGGGGAAUUUAUUGCAUUACAAGAAAAACUCCAAAAUCAAUGAGACCAGUAAAAUUGUAUUUGUUGAAUUUGCAUAUUUGGUGCACCCUUUUCGAUUUGUUUUGUGGAUCUCUAAUCACUCCAUUCUUCUUUUUUCCCUCACUUUCGGGAUCUCCAAUUGGAUUAUUAACGGUAGUCGGGGUACCAACACUAAUUCAGAUUUGUUUAACAUUUUGUGUAUUUGGAGGUCUAUGCAGUGCAAUCAUUUAUGUUUUUGAGAAUCGUCAGUAUGUUUUGUGUGAAAAUACGAACAUAUUCCGAUUGGAAAAUUCAAAAGCCCGAGUAUUUUACUAUGGAUUUGUGUUUGCUUAUUGUUGUCUCUCCAUUUAUCCAUUUUCUUGGAACAUUCCAGAGCAGAACAAUGCGAAAUUACGAAUUCUGGAUAUGAUCCCUUGCCCUAAUUCAGAAUUCUUUUCAAACAACACAUACGUUUUCAAGGGACCAGAAGACACCGCAGCUUUCGGUUACUUAGGAUUAUGCUUCACGAUUUUUCUGGCUUCUCAAAUUUCAUUUUUUGGAGGAAACUGUUUCUACAUGCUAUAUGCAUGGGAUAAUAUAACUCUUUCGGCGCAUUCUAAAAGAUUGCAAAGAAAGUUUUUCAUUACCAUUUGUAUUCAGAUAUUUAUUCCAAUGUGGGUGGUUGUCUUACCACUUUCAUACUUUUUGGGAAGUUUGUUCACUGGUUAUUACAGUCAAUCAUUGAAUAACCUAACUUCUGUCUUCUUCUCUUGCCAUGGAUUCAUUUCAACCAUUUGUCUUCUUUUCAUGAAUCCGCCAUAUCGAGAAGCUACAUUCCACAUGUUAUCUCCUUUCUGUUCACCUAGUUUUAAAAACCGAUUAGUGGAAAGUAACCGUCCGGGAAGAACCAGUUUUGCAGUAACAACUCAUUCUAAAUGA